AUGAAAUUUAAUAGUGUUGAUGAGGGUGUUGAAUUUUAUAAAUCAUAUGCACUUGUUGCUAGUUUUAACACUAGGAAGUCUACCAGUAAAAGGCAUAUAGAGAAAAAAUUGGCAUUCCAAUAUGUCUUAUGCAACAAAAAGGGUUUCAAGGAGAAGAAAAAGCCUAUUGUUGAGAGAAUUCUAAAUGAUAAAGAAGGACAAAGCAAGGAAGGCAAGAUUUCAAUAACAAGAAAAAGAUUAGUCACUCGUGUUGGGUGCAAAGCUUUUAUGGUUCUAAAACAUUGUGAAGAUGAAAAGUAUAUAGUAACACAGUUCCACGAAGGACAUACUCAUCCCCUCUACACACCAAGUUGUAAUCUAUUUCAAAAAGAAGGAAGAAAGAUGAACAUUUUGCACAAAAAAAUGAUUGUUGAUAACUCUAAGGUGAAUAUUGGCCCUGUAAAAACUUUUCGAAUGAUGAAGGAAAUACUUGGAGGUUAUGAUAAUGUUGGAGCUUCCAAGCAAGAUUUUAAAAAUUUUCACAGAGAUUUAAAAACAUUCAUUCAAGGUUCCGAUGCUCAAAUGUACAACAUGGUAUUUACUCCAUUUACAGGGGUUGAUCAUCACAAGAGUUGUAUCACUUUUGCGGCUGGUUUCAUAGCAAAGGAAGAUAUUGAAUCAUUUGAGUGGCUUUUCAAAACAUUUCUUAAGGCAAUGGGCAAUAAUGAACCUAAUUGUCUUAUCACAGAUCAAGAUCCAGCUAUGAAAAUUGUUGUUAGUAGAGUGUUUCAAAAAUCUGAACAUCGGUUCUCUGAGUUUGAAGAAAGGUGGAAUAAGGUGAUGGUUGAGUUCGAAUUGGAAGGUAAUGAGUGGUUGUACGAGAUAAGGGAUAAGUGGAUUCCGGCAUAUUUCAGAGAUGUGUUCCUGGGAGGAAUAAUGCGUACCACGUCAAGAUCAGAAAGUGAAAAUAACUUUUUUUGCUCCUUUAUCAAUCCUCACGUUUCACUUGUUGAGUUUUACAUGAGAUAUGAAGCUGCAAUUGAUGCCCAGAGACACGCUCAAGGUCAAAACGACAAUGAUUCAAAGCACAAAUACCCAGAGUGCAAGACACCACUAGGGAUAGAAAAGUAUGCCUCAACCAUAUACACUAUUUCUGUUUUUAUGACUUCCAAUAUGAGGUAG